UUGGCUCUGGAAGCAUCACUACCUUCAUCUUUCAUAUAUGUAUUCACUGACGCACGAGCAAAAGAUUAUCAUCUCGAGGAUCAGAUUUUGAACCUGAUUCAGGAAAAACAAAGUUCUGUGGUUUUUGUGAUGACGGGAGAUUGCAAUGAUCGGAGUCAUCCUGGUUUCCGUUGCUACGAGAAAAUUGCUGCUGUGAGCUUUGGACAAGUCUUUCAUCUGGAAAAAACGGAUGUAAACAAAGUGCUGAACUAUGUGCGUCAUUCAAUCGCCAUGAAAAUGGUUCACAUUUUGUACGAAGUCCGCGAUAAAGGUGGUUCAACACUUCGACAAAUUCCAGUUGACAAAUCGCUUAAUGAGUUGACGUUGUCGUUGUCUGGUGAUAAGGAUGACGGUGAUUACUUGGAUAUCAGCUUAAUCAAUCCGAAAGGUGCCCGUGUUGAUCGAAAUCAGUUCGGCGAUGACACUGGAUCGAUCGAUCUGCACAAUAUAAAAUUAAUUCGUAUACGGGAUCCGAUGCCCGGUAUUUGGCAUGUACGAACAUCCAGCCGUCUAAAACAUACACUUCGUGUGCUUGGCCAUGGAGCCAUUGAUUUCAAAUAUGGAUUUGCUACAAAACCAGUUGAGAAAGUUGAAAUGCCAGCAACCAGGCACCUCCAGAAUCCGUACUUGUUCUACAUUGGUCCGUUUAUUCCACCGCAAGGACAUUACUUUGUUCGAGUUAAAGGUGAAGACGAUGGGGUCUACGAGUUCCAGCGCAUCGCUCCCACGGCCCUGUCGCCUGUAGAUGCUGGAGGACCGAGAGCAUACAUGGCUGACCGAAUCACUGCUGUGGCGGCACAACCAGUCAAUCUGACGUGUUCGGUGGCAUCAAAAGGCGAAUUCACACUUUACUGGUACAGGGGUCGCGAAAAGCUCGGCGGACCACUUUUUUAUCCGUAA